AUAUAUAUUUACAAGGAAAUUUUAUGGGGUUUAAGCAACUGUUCAUUUUGCGUGGUUUUUGUAUAUACAAUUUAUACGUACAGGGAAGGUGGGGUUUUGCUUUGGUUUUGUCUAGAAAUAUUUAUAUAGAGAGAGAGGGAAAGGAAGAGAAAAAUUAAAUAUUGUUAUUUUUAUUUUUUAUUUUUUUUCAGCUCUGAAUUUUAAACUUUCGUCGUAGAUCUCUUUUGCACAUUCUUCAGGAAAACGGAUUUUGUCUGCGGUAUUUUGAUGUCCGAGCGAAAAUGAUUUAGAUUGGAUUUGUUUGACCCAGAAGAUUUCUUUUUAUUUUCUCCGCAAAGAGGAUGUGGGAAUGAUGCUUCUACUUGUUUGAUGAAUCCUUAUUGCCAUGUAAGCCUGCGAUAUGGUGUUGAAGAAGAGGCUAGAACAUGGAUUCAGUGGCUUCCAGGUCCCCACUAUACCUAGAGCUCCCAGAUCAGCUAGAAGGAGGGAUCCAUAUAAGAAGAAAGUUGACGAUAGUCAAAUCUGUGCAUUUGAAUUACUUGCUUCUUUAGCGGGAAAGUUAUUGCAGGAGACUGAAAGUUCUUCUGCCUCUAGUAAUGCGUCCGAAGGAAAUAAUCGGUCUGCCUUUGAGAAAGAUGUUUUUAAGCAGGGCAGACAACAUAAAGAUAAACCAGUGAAAAAAGAGUGUGUUGAACCUGGAAGCUCUGAAGAGAGUGUGUUUGCAAAUGAGCUUACCUCAGGAAACAUUGAUCAGAAGUUUACUAUGAGGGAAUUCCCCCCUCCAGAGAGCGAUGGUGUUUUGGAAUGUACUCAAAAUAUUACAAAAUCUGACUGUUCAGAUAAAGUUAAUUGUGAUGUGAAGCCUGUAAUUUGCAACAGCAGCAAGCGUGCAUUUGAAAAUAAUGUCAAUAAAGUAGAGGGAAGCUUCCCUCAUGUUGAGGAGUCUUAUCAUAGUAAUGUAGAGAAUGGAAUUGAAAGACGGAAACAGGGUGAGAGAUUAGAGACUGGAGGUUUGACUUUGGCUAACACAUGCAGUCCCAAUGACCCAAUUGAGUUGUGUGUAAAAUUUCCUGCAAUGAUCAGUCCAGACAGUAAUGUCAAAUUGUCAUUGUUCAGGGACCCUGUUCCUAAUGCUUCUUUUUCCAGGCAUAGGAAUGAUAUUAAGUUAGGUAGUAGAGAUGAUGACGAAAAUUUAUCUAGGUGCAAGAAACCGAGCACCAAGGUAAAGGCUUAUAGGCCUUUAGCACGUAUUGGAGACCGUAGAAUAAGGAAGUUGCUGACAUCCAAAUACUGGAAAGUAGCCCCAAAAUUGAGGGAUUGUGAAGUCUCUAGAAAUGAUGGUGGAGCAAAACAUCUACGUUACAAGAGGAAAACUUGUUACAACCAUGAUAGAUGCCAUCAUGACACCCUCUAUAAGAGAAGGAAAUUGUUUGACCAGAGAUCAGUCGUGACAUCUGAUGGAGGAUUCAGUAGCGAAAGUGUUUCUAAUUCACCAGAGAAGGCUAUGAAUGGAGACAAGAGUGAUUCGACUGGAAUAUUACAUGGAGCAACUGGGGUAUCAUCGUCGGUUAUAGGUUGCCAAAAAUCUUUUCACUCAAAGGAUUCUCAUGUGAAAUUUAGUAUCAAAUCCUUCAGAGUACCAGAGCUUUAUGUUGAUGUCCCAGAAACUGCAACAAUUGGUUUGCUGAAGAGGACAGUCAUGGAGGCUGUUACUGCCAUUCUUCAAGAUGGAUUACAUGUUGAGGUACUUCUUCAAGGGAAAAAGAUUAGGGAUGACAACAGAACUCUUUUGCAGAGUGGUAUUUCUGCCAAAGACAAUCUUGACACACUGGGUUUCACAUUGGAGCCCAAUAUAGAGGAAACUACUCCAUCUAUGUGCUCCAGUGAUCCACUUCCUUCAUUAUCCUGUGAUACACCAGAACUGUUGACCAGGUCCCCAAGCACUCCUAUCGUAGAUACAGGGACUUGUGAUGACUUACCUAAACCCCUUCCCCUUCCAUUAACCAAUUCAGACACGCAAGUUCAAAGUAACCAUGAAUCAGUUUCCUCCCCUACUGAUACAUUAACCAAUGAAGUAAUCCCGGAUUCUCAAGCAUUAGUUGCUGUUCCAGACAUGAGCAUGGAGGCACUAGCUGUCAUUCCUGUGAACCAAAAACCUAGGAGAUCUGAGCUUGUACAACGUCGAACCAGGAGACCUUUCUCUGUAUCAGAGGUAGAGGCAUUGGUUCAGGCGGUUGAGGAACUUGGAACUGGAAGGUGGCGCGAUGUUAAAUUAAGGGCUUUUGAGGAUGCAGAUCAUCGAACUUAUGUGGAUUUGAAGGAUAAAUGGAAAACAUUGGUUCACACAGCCAAAAUUUCUCCACAGCAAAGAAGGGGAGAGCCUGUCCCUCAGGAACUCUUGGACAGGGUGUUGGCUGCUCAUGCAUACUGGGCUCAGCAUCAAGCUAAGCAACAUGGCAAGCAUAAUCAGUCUGGAACUCUGAUGAUUACAGAAGCUCCCGCUGAUAGACAAGGAGUUGAAGGUAUCCCCAUGUAACGAUGUAAAAAACAGUAACGAAACAUUGACAGUAACAGGGAAAAAGGAAAAAUGUACAAAUCACUCAAAUUUGUAAUAUUCUCACACUCACAUUAUUCAUCGCCAACUUUACUGUCCGCCCGGGCAGUGGCAUUUGUAAAUGACUCGAAUGGAAUAAGAUGAUUCUAACAGACUUUUAGUGUA